CUCCGCGCCCCGCCCCGCGCUCUCCCCCGCCCUCCCUGCGCCGGCCGCUGCCGCUGGGAGCCGAGAGCGGAGCCACUCGCUGGUCCCGCGCCGCCGCCUGCGCCAUGAGCUUCUUGUUUGGUAGUCGCUCUUCUAAAACCUUUAAACCAAAGAAAAACAUUCCGGAGGGGUCUCACCAGUAUGAGCUGUUAAAACAUGCAGAAGCCACACUUGGAAGCGGUAAUCUCCGGAUGGCUGUUAUGCUGCCAGAGGGUGAAGAUUUAAAUGAAUGGGUCGCAGUUAAUACUGUGGACUUCUUCAACCAGAUAAAUAUGCUUUAUGGUACUAUUACAGACUUCUGUACAGAAGAGAGCUGCCCAGUGAUGUCAGCUGGCCCAAAAUACGAGUAUCACUGGGCAGAUGGGACAAACAUAAAGAAACCAAUCAAGUGCUCAGCACCAAAGUACAUUGAUUACCUGAUGACUUGGGUCCAGGAUCAGCUGGAUGACGAAACACUGUUUCCAUCCAAAAUAGGUGUUCCUUUCCCAAAGAACUUCAUGUCAGUGGCAAAGACCAUUCUAAAGCGUCUCUUUAGAGUUUAUGCUCACAUUUACCACCAGCACUUUGAUCCAGUGAUCCAGCUGCAAGAAGAGGCACAUCUUAAUACAUCCUUCAAGCACUUUAUUUUUUUUGUUCAGGAAUUCAACCUUAUUGACAGAAGAGAACUGGCUCCACUUCAAGAACUGAUUGAAAAACUGACCUCUAAGGAUAGAUAAAAGGAAGUGGAUUUGUGGAAAUAGCAAGCGUGUGGUAUUUCUGGGGUUUAUGUUUGUUUGUUUGUUUUGUUCUGUUUUGAAAACAAAACAAAACCUUGUUCUGUUUUUACAGGCAGCCAAGAUCCACUUUGUGCUUUUAUUAGGGGAAAUCUCUGUCUUUUAGUGACAUGCAGUAAAUGGCUUUUUUUUCUCAUUGUGGAUUUUUAGUAGAUUUUGAGUGUUUAUAAAGGAAGUAUGCUUGUUGGGGGAUUUGACACUGCUGACGGAUGGGUUCUCUUUUGUGUCAAUUGUAGCCCAUUCUCACUAAGUCCCUAAAAGACUUACAUUCUCUAAGUGCCUUGGCAGACUCACUUCUGAGGUGCAAAGCACACACAAUACUGAACAUUGCUGGAAACAGAAAAUAUAACCUACCCAGGACACUUACUGAUGCUUGGUUUAGAAUAUAUAUGCUUAAAGUACAAAAGCCAUAACUUACUUAAAUCAGUGAUCUCCAGCUUUUAAUACAAAGUGUCACCAUUAAAAAAGAUUAAUAUAAAGCUUCUCAAAACUAGGUAUUUCUAAAAAACCAAAAAAAGUAAAAAUGAAAAAUUAUAGUGAUGGUGACACUUCAGAUCAUGUCCUAGUCACCAGACCUAAAUUAUAAAGAUUUUAAAAUCAUGGACAACCGAGGAUAGCAGAGGGCUGGCUCUCCAUUCCACUGUUGUUUUGCUUUCCUUGUUACUUAUAUUUAUUUUGUUAAUAUAAAUAUCAACUCAGGCCAGCCUAAUGUACUGUAAGGUGCAUUACUUCCUUUAAUAAAGUUUCCUAGCAUUUCCCAAAUGAGCCAACCAAUUUGCAAAAGUAUCUUCAGUGAGAAGGAAAGAUGUAUUUAUUCAUCAUCAAAAAUGACACGUAAGUAAUAUUAAGAAAAAUCUUGUUUUAAAUCCACUGGAGUGAUGCCAUUUAAACAUGAACAGUAAAAAGCUAACUCAAGAUUAGAGCUCAGAUUCUCAAGCUUUUCCAGAAGAGAACAUCUCUUUGUAGAAAGAUUGUCUUGUGGACCACUUUCCAUUUGCAGUCAGAAGGCCCACAGCCCGUCUUGUUCAUAACUGUAUGAGGUCUCUGUGGCAACUACAGCAAUUGUUUACUUGGGGAAAGUUAUAUUAAGUAAUAUUUGUAUAUUUUUAGCUGUUUUUAGUGCGGCAAGUGCUUUUGUUCUUUUUGAGAAAACAAUCACACAGUCUCCUUUUUCUUUUAUUUCAUAUCUCCCUCCCUUUCUGGUCCAGUUUCUCUCAAACUGGAAACUGGGAGAACCAGUACCAUGUGGCAAGACAUUUCCAUUGACCACCCGCCAGUGGUCCACAGACUGCUAUUUGGACAUAUAGCUGUGCUAUAGCUAUGUGAAACUCAGGGGGUUCUGUCUCAGAAAUUCAUAUGGAACGUGUCUUUGCUUUCAAUCUGUGUAUCUUUGUAUCUGUCAAAUUUUGACUUCAAAUACAUUUGUCUUACACAUUUGUAAUGUGCCAUCCCCAUAGUAUCAUCGGUAUCUAGGUGCCAAAUCUCAAAAUGAAAAAGUAGCCAGUUUUCACCUGCUCUUGCAUCAUAACUUAACAGAACCACAGAUUUUACAUGAUUUUGAUGCAAAGAUGUAAAUUGACCCAUGAUACUGACCUCCUUUGUAAAGCACUUCGAGAGCUAAAGAUGAAAAGCACUAUAAAAGAACUAGCUAUUAUUAUUACACACUAGCAUGGCUCUUGAACCUUGGUGAUCUUUAGAUUUUUACAGUUUGUGACAGAACAAUAGAAGUAUUGCAGGAUAUCCUGAAACCAUACAAACAUUUCACACACCUCUGCUUGACACACAUUUUUGACUUUGAUAGUUAGGAGUGGGUAAUUAUGUAUGGAAAAACACAAUUACACAUGCAAAGAGCCUGCAAAAUUUGUAACUGGCCAUUUGUGCAUGCAGAUGUAAGUGGUAUUUGCAUAUACAGAUUACAUACACACUUAAUUUUGGAAGUCAGGCCCACAUUCUUGAAAUAGGAAACUCCAUUGCUUUACUAUUACUUACUUACUGAGCCAAAUCAUCUGAAGCUUGAAAACAAUCUUGUACCUAAACAAAUAUCCUCCAGUUGGGCAAAAGAUUUCUAGUGUAGCAAAAGCUGAUAUUAGCUGACUUUUUGUUUGCUUAACUGAUUACUGAUAUCGUAACCUUAUUUGUUACUUGAACUGAGCAUAGCUCUGGGAAUCCAGCUAUGGACUAGCAAACUGCCCUGAUACUCUGUUCAUUGCUUUUCCUGUAUAGAAAGACCACGUUUUAGAUAGCUGUUACAAAUUAGUAAGGGAAGCUCAGGUAAGCCAUGCUCACGUUGUAUCUUACAAUUGAUUACACUAGUAUGGCGGCAAUUGAUAGCAGCAGAAAAGUUAAAAUUAUAAUUUAACAUUCAGAUGUUCCCUCAGCUUCAUCAGAACGUUUCUUUAAGAUAUACAAAUCCCUUGGGUGUAUGUUAGCUGAUCUAUAUCUUGGAUUUACAGGUCAAAUUACAGCACAGGGUUUUAUUGGCCUUAAAGACAAGCUGCCAAAGGGUGGGGGAAGCAAUUGGGUUUGUGUCUUUUUUUCCUUCUUUCUGAUAUCUCUAGGUCUGAAAGAUGUUCCCAAAAAAUGGGGUGAAAAGGAGAAGCAGCUGCCAUUCUUUUGCUCUCUUAUAUUAGAAAUAUUAGGUCUUGGCUUCCUGUUUUUUCUGGAAGCCUCCUCGAAAAACCGGAGUGGGAGCUUUCUGACCCCACAGUUGAAGGGUCAGGGUGUUUGAAUCUUUCACACAGAUUGAUUUUCUUUCACAUAUUUGAACAAAAAACAGGUUUAAAAAGUCAGACUAAAAUCCCCUCCUCUCUCAAUUGCUGAUGUUCCAGUCUCUCCCUUAUAUGAAAAAACCAAAAUCUUACCUGGUCUUGGGAAGAAGAUCUUUGAGCUCUUCCUACAUCAGAAAGAAGUAAAAAGGGUAUGAACACAAUUUAUUUUCCGACAACUGAAAUAUUCACACCUGACGUUUUACUAACUCACUGUUCCUAGAGUUUAUAGGCUCUGGGCCAGUACUAGGAAGAGCUUAGCAAUGUGUAAUUUAAAGCAGGAGUCCACAGCAAGGGCAGCUUAGAUGUGCUUCAGCCAGCAGUGCAUGCAGUAGCUGGCUGUACGUCUGAAUGCACUCCCUAGUGUCAGAACAUGCCCACUCUGAGGCUGUGGUAUACUGGCUUGUGCAAGAACCAGUCCCCCCACGUCUCAUUCCAGUGUUGGAGAAAGAGGUUCCCUGGGCCUCCCCCUCCUAGAAAACUGUGCUGUGCACAUAAGAGGGGCUGGUCUUGGUCUUCCAUGUUAAGUAAGAUCAUAGGGAACUCAAUACUUAUCUAGGCUGAGCUGCACAAGUCGGUACCUGAGUAUUGGUCUCAAUAUUUUAUUUCCUUGCAUUUGGGGGCUCCUUGGAGGCUAUUCACGUGUAUGGGAUGGGGUAGACAACUGAGCCAAAUACUAAAUCCAGUUUCAGAACUCUAGCUAUAAUUAACUGUAGAUCUGUUAUGGUCCGAGGGUCUUUUUAGUUCCUGGAUAAUUAACUCAACAGACUAAAUGGCUCUGAAGCCUUUUUGUUUUGAGUUACCGGGGCACAUAAAGGCAUCCAUCUGACUAUUCAGACGGCAGAGUCAUCCCCUAAAACUUAAACUGCACAAACUGUUCUAAUGCGUUUCAGACAUGAAGAAAACUAAAUUUUUAAUUGCUCUUGGGUCUGUGGCCUUUUAUGCUUCGCUUCAGUCUGAAGAACAUUUUAUAGCUGAAAACUGGGGGCUUGUAAUGGAAAUACACUGACAGGCUUUUAAUUGUAUGGAGGCGUAAGUGGUGCUGCUUUUAAUAGCUAACGGCAUCUGCGUCAUUAAUUUUCAUUUCCACUGAAAACUGCUUUGCUGAGCUUACUGUAAUCAGUACUGGUUUACUGGUCAGUGUGGGUGUUCAGUGUGCAGAUUAUGCUUCUGGCGAGAGGAAAAAUAUUUUGACCAUUGGUAAUCUUCUUGCAUCUCUAGAAGGCAAUAGACUUUGGCCUGGUCUACACUACAAAGUUAUGUUGACAAAAGGCACCAUACGUUGACCUCGUUGUGCAAAUGUCUUCACUUAAAUGUGGCUCCUGAUGACAUAAGUUCCCUGCUAUGCCAGCUUAAUAACACCACCUCCCCAAGUGAUGUAGAGCUAUGGUUGAUAGGAUUAGGUCGACGCACUGUGAGUGUAGACGCUGUGUUAUUUAUGUGACUGUUACUGUCCUCCAGCAGCUGCCCCACACUGAUCACCCUUGUGAAUUCCGCUGCUCAGGUGGCACAGAGGCCAGAAGCGUCUCUCCCGAACUCCCACCUUUUAAAGCCCCAUUAAUUUUUGAAAUUCCUUUUUCUGGCUUGGCGAGCACACCUAGCAGCUCUCCAUUGUUCAGCGGAACUGCCCAGCUGAUGCUGAUGCCUACAUGCUCCGGAUGUGCUCCUGCCUGGAGUACACAGGAGGUAUUGGAUCUCCUGGGCCUUCAGGGACACGAGGCUGUGCAGGCACAGCUCCGAAUUAGCGGUAGGAAUGUGGACAUCUAUGAGCAGAUUGCUCAGGGGAUGCAUGAGAAGGGGUAUAGCAGGGACCAGCAGCAGUGCCACAGGAAAGCCAAGGAGCUGUGGCAGGCAUACCAGAAGGCCAUCAACAAUCAGUCAGUCCAUUGCCAAGCCACAGACCUGCUGCAUUUACAAAUUGCUGCAUGCUGUAUUUGGUGGAGAAACCACCCCCCUCUCUGAAAGUACCAUGGUUACGUCUGAGGAGCCUGAGUCACAGACCCAUGCCAUGAACAGCGAGGAGGAGGUGGUGGACAAGGAAGAGGAGGAGAAGAAUGGGGGACAGACAACAGGGGGGAUCCAGCUGCUCAGCGAGCCAGGACCUGUUUUUGACUGCAGUGCAGUCCAGCCAGUUCUGCACAGGAGAGCCCGAUGUAGGGGAAGAAAGCUCAGAUAAGUGUGUAGUUUAAUUUUCAAUAACAGAGAUGCCCCCCGCCUCAAAGUAGCAGGGCACAUCUUUUGAGUUAUCAUUAAUUUACGUGUGCUAGAAGAAGGAGUGGUACAACCAAGAGAGGCAGCGUUGCUAUCUGCUUUUCCGUCCCCUCUAGAGUUGUGCGGGGAGGCGGCAUACAGAGCAGUUUAUUUGUGCGCGCAGGGAUGUCCUUGAAUCCUGUGGAGAUCUCACUGAAACUUUCAUGGAGGAACUCUGCAAUCCUGUGCCAAAGGUUUCUAGGGAUGGCAGCCUUAUUUCUACUGCCACGAUAGGACACUUACCCACGCCAAUCAGUGAUAACUUUAGCAGGUACCAUUGCAGUACGCAGGCUAGCAGCAUACGGGCCUGGGCAGCUUCUGGACACCAGCAGCAGUUGUGCUCUCUCUGCCUCUGUUAUCCUCAGGAGUGAGAUACUAGGUAAAGUCACCACCGCCUGUGGAAAAUGGUGCCAGUAUUCAUUGCCAUUGGCCUAUACUACUAGAAUCAUGCAGUUGAGCAAUUCCCUCCUCGUUUCCCCAGGCUCACCAGGGCAGGUGCUGUGACAAGCACCAUGCUCAAACAAUCCAAGCAGAAGUGAGAAUGUAGUGCUUAAAACUUUUGGGGAGCAAAGGGAGCGAGUUCAGCAUGUUAAGUUUCACUUUCCGUAGUGAAUACAUGGCAAUGAUACUUCUGUGUUUUAUCUGCAUCUGCUGCCAUUGUGGCCUUCAGGGUCUCCCCUCCACACCUGUGGAACGCCUGAGCCAGAUAAGGAAGAGAAAGAAGAGGACUUAGGAUGACGUGUUCAGUGAGAUCCUAUAAGCCAGUGACGAAGCGGACUGUGAGCACAGGCACUGGAGGAUGAACAUUGCAGACAGCCUAGAGAAGUCUAGAGUGGAGAGGAGAAAGGCCCAGGAAAAGAAGAGGAAGAUGCACCUGGACAUAAUGGGGCUUCGCAGGCAACAAACAGAGAUGCUGAAGACUCUGGUGUACUUGCAGGUGCACCAACAAUCCUGGGCUCACCUUCCUUUGCAGCCCAUUGAGACCUCAAUAUCGGAACCUUCCUGUACCUCCCCCCGCACCACAUUCCACGUGGCAGCAUGGGUUGCUGCACUACCCCUAGCACUCCACCCUGGAUGACAUUAAAGACAAUCACAACUUCACAUAUCCUGACGUGUGAAAGCCAUGGUUUGUGUAUGUGUAGCUGAAAUGGACAUAAUGGUCCUCCUUCAUAAGUUCUGUUCUCUUAAUUUAUUGAGUUUUUAUUAAGUUUUAAAUGUAUUUGGUUUUGAAAUGCCUGAAUUUUUGUUUUUUUAGUACAGAUUUUGUUACAGAAUAAAAUUCUAUUAGUUGGAACAUAAUUAAUCUUUAUUAGUUCACAGUGUGUACUGGCUGAUGUUCACAGUUCUGAAAGCGACCAAUUACGUGUUACUGCACAGUAUCACACAACUCAUAAGAUCAUUCACAAACAAAAUUAAUAGGUGCAUUAACAAUGUUAUAUUCCUGCAUAUACAGCAAUCACCACACAAUUCCUUCUGGACUGCAAAAGAAUAGGGCUAGACAGACUACAUUACUACAACACACAUUACCCUGGCUCACUAUUAAAAUGGUCUUUCAAACCCUCCUUGAGCCAUAUAGCGCCACAUUGAGCUUUUCUAACAGUCCAUGUAUCUGGCUGCUCAAAUUCAAUAGACACCUGCUCCACUUCCACCCUGGCAGAAACUUUUCUUCCUUUGCUUCACAGAUAUUAUGCAGGACACAGGAGGCAGCUAUAACCAUUGGGAUAUUUUUCUCACUGAGAUCCAAUCUUGUGAGUAAACAACGCCAGCGUCCCUUCAAAUAUCCAAAGGCACAUUCAACUGUCAUGCCACACCUGCUGAGCUGGUAGUUGAAGCAUUCCUUGGUGCUGUCAAGAUGGCUGGCAUACAGCUUCAUAAGCCCAGGGAGCAAGGAUUAGGCUGGGUUGCCCAGGUCACUGUUGGCAUUUCAACAUUCCCAGUGGUAAUCCACCAGUCAAGAAACUAAGUCCCUGCUUGCAGCUUUCUGAACAGUUCUGUGUUCUUAAAGAUGCAAGUAUCAUGCACCUUCCCUGACCAGCCCACACUGAUGGUGAAGCAUCGCUGGUGAUCCACCAGUACUUGCAUAACCAUAGAAAAGUAGCCUUUCUGUUGAUGUACUCUGUGGCAAGGUAGUCUGUUCCCAAAACAGGGAUAUGCGUGCCAUCUGUUGCUUGACUGCGCUUUGGGAACCCCAUUGCUGCAAAACCAUCCACUAUGUUCUCCACAUUGUAGAGUGUCACAGUCCUGCUUAGCAGGAGGUGAUUAAUGGCCUUGCACGGUUAUAUCACAACUGCCCACUUGGUGGAUUUCCUGACUCCAAAUUAAUUCCCAGCUGACCAGUAGCAAUCUGGCAUUGCAAGUUACUACAGUGCAGUCGCCAUUCACUUCUCCACUGUCAGUGCAGCUUUCAUUCUGGUGUCCCUGCACUGGAGGGCUUGGGUGAGCUCAGCACACAGAUCUAGGAAUGUGGCCUUGCACAUCUGAAAGUUUGGCAGCCACUGCUUGUCAUCCCAGACCUGCAUUAUGAUGCAAUCCCAUCAGUCAGUGCUUGUUUCUUGGGCCUUGAAGCAGUGCUCCACCAUUUGCAGCUUCUCCAUGAAUGCCAACAAGAAUCUUGAAUUGGUUCUCGCUGUGUCCCACAGCAAUCUGUCGUCCAAGGAAUCAUCAUGUUCCCUGCAUCUCUUCUUGUGGUUCUGCAUUUACUGCAGGAUCGUGCACCCUGUGCUUGCAAUACUCAUUAAAAUAGUGCAGAGGUGUUCAGGAUCCAUGCUUUUGUCAGAGAUGGCAGACAGCAAGGAGAGCCACAUGGGUUUGUGGGAUUUUGAAAAAAAAAGUCUUCAAAAUUAUGGGAUACAGAUGGUGCUAUGGGAUGGAGACCGUUGCAAUUUGGAAAGUUGACCCCAUGCUUCCAGUUACCCUGCACAACUCAUUUCUGCCCCAUCAAACAUUGUCAAAACUUCCUAAAAGUGCACCGGAUUGUGGAGAGUUGCACAGUGGAAUACUUAUGCAUCAAUACAAGUGUUCCUGGUGACUACACGCUCUGCUAACACAACGAGCCCCAUAUGCGCUCACACAAGCGAUGUACUAACUGCAGCAGCUGUAUGCUGAUGUAAGUUUGUAAUGUAGACAUGGCCGUUGUCAAUGCUUUGCUGUAUAUCUAAAUGAGAACAGUGUUAACCAGAAAGCCCCUUCAAAAAACAGUUUACUUGUGAUUAUUUGGAUUAGCAUUCUCUAUUGAGAGCUUGCAGGCACGGUAAAUAAUUUUUAAAAAAUGCAUGGAGCAGUAAAAGGUGUUUUUAUAUGGUCUAAUCAGAAAUAGAGUAGAAAGCUUAAUCUACUGAAGAAUCCAAAACUUAAAAGCAGGGAUUUGCAGACCGCAGCUGAGCAGUAGCUGUAUUUAUUUUGGCGAUCUGCCUUCUCACUUUGGAUAUUUGAUCUCAAUUUUAAAACAGCAGCUAUAAAAAUUCAGGACACUCUUCUGCAGUUCACACUCUCAUAUAUUAGAAUUAAUAUGUAGAAUAUUAGUCUUACGUGGGCAUCUUAUUCUUCUACUGUGUUUGUUACUUGGCAUCUAGAAGGCCGUUAAUUCUGUCACUGUUCAUAUAGAUAGUUUUGGCUCUUAAAACUACAUCUUCUUUGAAUAGGGAAGACAAACCUUUUGAAGUUGAGACUUGAGUAGCGUAUGGGAAGUAUGAAAUGUGGAUUGUGAAAAAAUGUUGGUGGAAACCUUUUUUUAGCACUACUUCUAGAUAUGUAAUAAAAGCUUGGAGAUCACUGUCUGAAAGAAAGCUGUUGGAAUAUACUUUAAUUAUACUAAUCUUGAAGAUAAUAGCAUCUAAGAUACUAAUGCAGUGCAUAGGAUAGAGUAUCCCUUUUUGUAUUAUACUUUAAGCUUUUAAUUUUCAAAUAUUUUUGCAAAAGACUUGGGACCAGAAUUGAGUGUGUUUACACCUGUAGAGCAUGGGCACAUCAAAAUAUUAAGCAAAAUUCAUCUUGGUUUUUAAACUCAGCUGGACUCUAGUAAACUUGGUAACAGAACAGUAUCUUUUAAAAAACAGAACAAACCACAACACUAGUCUAGAUCCAUGUUAUAAAGGGAUACUAUGUUAGAUAUUUCAUUGUUUUGAUAUUAAACAUUGAAGCGUUAGGCCUUGUUGACACCGGGAGCAGAACCAUGCAAGCCACAACUGACCUGGUUAUGCUCCCAGUAUAGGUUAAGGCCUUACAGUUUAAUAACGUUUUAAAGAGGUUUUGCUAUUUUUCAGCUACCAGCGUGUUUGAUUAUAUUGAUGAUUUGCGUGGUAACUUCAGGAAGUAAUCUACCUUGAGAUGAGAUCACUGCUGGCAUACUCUAUUAGUUGUGUUCUGCUGUCUUAUGCCAGAGGUGAAUUUGGUCCAGGGAAUUUACGCAAUUAGGAUGGUAGAUAAAUUCUAAUCACAGACAUUUUUAAGUCUUUCAUAGUCAAGUCAGGGAUUCAAGUUAACUGCACAAGUGGAGAAGAUGCGCCACAUCCGACUGUUGCUGGUAGCUGAUUUGAUGUCCAACAUGGUAGAGGGGGAGAAAGAAAACAAUUUUUAAAAGGGGCAAAUAGCCUGUUUGCAAGUGUCUCUAGUUUAUUUUACUGCUUACUAUGCAAUGUAGAACUUUGAACUUUUGCAUUUACCUUGAUAGAAAACAGAGGGGUACUGUUGUCUAUUUAAUAUUUUGGAACUGAACACUCUCUGAAACUCACUUCAUAGGUAUAAGAUGCCUAUUUGCUGCUAUUGACUUUCUUUACCUUCCAGAUUCCUCCUUUUUCUUUCUUAACCCCCUUUCCCUGGAUCACCAUACAUAGUUUUAUUAAAAAUACUUCAUUUAGAGGUGUUUUUUGUGCGAGCCAACACUGGUGAUUUUUUUUUCUGGAGUGCUAUGUUAUUGUAUAUAAAACAACAGUUUUCAGCUGGACUGUUAAAGGUGCAGCAUGACUAUAGACCUGCCUGUUUCUUCCACUAGAAAACUCCCACCAUUAUUUAGAGCCUUGUUUUCUUGAUUGGUAACUUCAUUUGAGUUUUCCAAACUGAAUCACUAGCACCUCUAAUGUUAAGGUUUUAAAACUGUGUAAAAGUUUUGAUGUUUUAUCUUUUUAGUAGAUAACUAACAUGGACAUUGAGAGUAUUACGCACAUUUUUUCUCCUUUUUAAGUAUAAUUUCCUCUUAACAACUGAAGACUGCAAAACGACUAAAUUUCAAAAACCUCAUUUUUGUUUUAAGAACUCUCCUUAAAUUGUUCUUCACAGAUUACUGUAUUUUUAGGGGAAACUAAUUUUUAUAGCCAUUAAACUGUACUCGUUAUUUUUGUACAUGUGCAACUAGGGACAUGUUGGGACACAAGUCUUGGAGGGAAUACUUAAUUCUUUGCUGUUUUGAUUCUUCCUAUAUGCUGGAGUUGUAUUGCUAAAUACUACCACUGGAAGCAAUACCUUGAUGUGCAAUGGAGGUGAGAGAUGAAUGCAAUAAAAGUGAAUGAGGUUUGAAUAAAAAUUAAUUGCUGGAGGCAAAAGGAUAUUGCAAAAGCAACACUGUAACCUUCAUAUUCACUUCUUUAUACAUCUUAAAGCAGCUGGAAGAAAAAAUAGGUGUAAAAUAUUAAAUGCAACAUGGGAAUCCGUACUGUAAGCUAACCGUGCCAAUAUUGCUUCAGUUUGUAGUCUUUAUUGAUUGGUAUUUUAGUUUUAGAUCAAAACAGCUUUUGAUUAGAAAAGAAGUUGAAUGUCUGAAAAUCUGCAACAUGUUUAUUUGAGAGAUGUAAAUAAUGUAUACAGAUUGCUGUAUGUGAUGGGAUGAAAAAAUAUUUAAAUUCUAGGUUUUUUCAAUAAGAAAUUGAAUGCUGUUUAUAAGGAAAAAAAUAAAUAGCUAUGUUUGA